ACAAAGUGCUUUAGAGAGAAACAAAGAGGAGAUUGAAACUAGUUAGAGCUUGAGAAGAAAGAUUUAUUAAAGCGAAAAAAACAAUUUUAAAGAGGAAAGUAGGCAAGAGGGGGAGGCAACUUUCAUUUGCUUUUUGGACUUCACCUCUCUUUUUGUCUUCUUAUCAAAAUCCCCUCCACUUACCCAAUCCUACAAAUCAUUUUCUCUCUUCUUUGUAACUUCUCUCUCAGGAAGAAAAAAAUUAUCAAGAGAAGUUCCAAAGGAGAAUUAUAAUACUAUAUGGCACCUGUUUCAUUGCCCCCGGGUUUUAGGUUUCAUCCAACAGAUGAAGAACUUGUUGCUUACUACUUGAAAAGAAAGAUUAAUGGAAGGAAAAUUGAACUUGAGGUCAUUCCUGAAGUUGAUCUCUACAAAUGUGAGCCAUGGGAUUUACCAGAUAAGUCCCUAUUGCCAAGUAAAGAUAUGGAAUGGUACUUCUUCAGUCCUCGUGAUCGUAAAUACCCUAAUGGAACAAGGACUAAUCGUGCAACAAAAGCUGGAUAUUGGAAGGCUACUGGAAAGGACAGGAAAGUAAAUUCACAGAUGAGGCCAAUUGGAAUGAAGAAAACCCUAGUAUAUUACAGAGGGAGAGCACCUCAUGGAACUCGAACAGGUUGGGUUAUGCAUGAAUAUCGUUUGGAAGAAAGAGAAUGUGAAGUUGCUAAUGGCUUGCAGGAUGCUUAUGCACUUUGCCGUGUAUUCAAGAAGAGUUUGAAUCAACCAAAAAGCGGAGAUCAUUAUGCAAGUGAUCGAUCUUCUAGCAUUAAUGAUCAGCUAUAUACUGAGGGAAGAGGUGAAGAUUAUGAGACUUCUGAUUAUGGAAUGCCAUCAGCUACAACAAGCUCAUCCAUGCUUGUCCAUGGACAUGGUUCACCAUUAAUGAAUGUUGCUGGUCCUAGUGACGAUAAGUGGAUGCAAUACUUGUCAGAUGAAGCUUUCACUUUCAAUAAUCCGUCAUUUCCCAGUCAUAAUGGAGGUUUGCCGUAUCACCCAUCUAAGGUUGAUAUAGCAUUAGAGUGUGCAAGGUUGCAGCAUAGAUUUGCAUUACCUCCACUAGAGGUGCAAGAUUUUCCCCAAGUAGGGUAUGUUGAUUCUUCCAGGAUGAUGUCUCAAUCAAAUGAUGUCAUGUAUCAUCAGUCCACAAAUCAAACGGACAUUGUACAAGAAAUCCUAUCAGUAGCCCAAGCUUCACAUGACCUUACAAAUCAAGAUUCAUGGGCUGGAAAUUACAAUUAUGCAGUUCCCAGUGAUGAUUUCUCAUUUCUUCCUAAUAAUAACCAAAUCCAUCAUGACUUGGGUAAUUCCUUCAAUUUCAUGGAACAAUUAAAGGAAGAUGAUCAGAAUAUUAGGUCCAUAGCGGUCAGUGAUUUUGAUGAGGAUUUUAAAUCUGAGAGUAUGGUAGAAAGAUUGAGAUGGGUAGGCAUGUCAGAAAAGGAUGAGAAGACCUUUCUUGACGACUACAAGACAGUUCCAAUAGAAAACAUUUCAGCUCCCCAUAAAGAGGAACAAGAUCAGCUCCAAGGAGAAGCAAGCGGCCAGCAAAAUAACUUCAAUGAAACAGAAGCAAACAAUUUCUCAUUAGGCUUUGGUAAUGACAACUUCUUGGAUGAUGAAGACACAGAUGGUUUUUCAAAUUCUCCAAGCUUUGAAGUUUAUGAGAAAAUUGAAGUGAACCAAGGGAUGUUUAUUGCCACAAGGCAAGCAGCCAAUACAUUCUAUCAUCAAGUGGCACCUUCAAAAACUGUCACAAUUCAUAGAGACCUAGUCACAGUUCAUGAUUUUCCCAUUAGAAAGAUAACAAAAAGUGCCACUUUUCUUGACACACUUAUGGCAUUUUCAAGGAAAACUAUAUCAGGAGUAGUUAUGAGUGUCACCAUGCCUAAUUGGAGCGGAAAAGUGAACACUUUGGUGGAAAUGAUUGCACCUUUGCAUACAUUUUGGAGUAUUUUGGGGAAUGCUUAAACAAAGAAGACACUAUUGGCUCCAAGAGUAGACGGACAAGAAGAAAUCAAGAUUAUAAAUCCAAAAUUUGUGGAAAAGAAAUGGCUUUAUUUGACCCUUGUAUUAGCUCUUUCCACCAUUUGGUUGCACCAUAUAAUUGUCCCUUAGCUUCUUUCUUAGUACCAUUUUUUAUUUUGCUUUUGUUUGCUAUAGAUUAACUUGUUGUAAUGCUAACCACAAUUAAUUGUUAUAUUAGGGGAAAGCUUAACUUAAAGUCCCCUGAAAAUUGACACUGAUGUAACCUCUUGAUAUAGAUUGUAUUUGUUCUUUUCAACAUCUAAUCAAUAUUCUAAAU